UGCAACUGUAUAGGGUGGACGGAUGUGAUGUGAGAGAAGUCGCUUUUUAAAAAUAAUCAUUCAGUAGCUAUAGCAGCCAUCAAUAGCAACAAAUACGAUCUAUACUCGAGCGCGAAAACGUAUUUUUUUAUAGUGCAGAAGUAGCAGUGCGACUAUACACACAUUGCGAGAGUGUAUGUAUGUGCAUGUGUGUGGAAAACAAAAUACAAUACAAAAAAUUAGCACAACAAAAGCAAAAACACACGUAUUUCGUAUAAACGCACGUCACGCGGACAACAACAUUAAAGAAUAACGUUAAGUGUGGUAAGAAAGAAGUGACCGCUAAGCACCAUCACACAACCACAAUCACCAAAAACUAAGCAGAGCCUAAAAAACUAUACAUAAUAUAUAAUACAUACAUACAUACAUACAACAUAAAUAAUCGAAAACAUGUCAGCCGCCGAUGUUGAGACGCAACCGCAGCAGGAGACGACGAAUGGCACCAGUAAAUUUGAUGUGCCCGAGAUAGAAUUGAUCAUCAAGGCCUCUACCAUCGAUGGACGUCGCAAGGGCGCCUGCCUGUUCUGUCAGGAAUACUUUAUGGAUCUGUAUCUGUUGGCUGAACUGAAGACGAUCAGCCUGAAGGUGACGACAGUGGAUAUGCAGAAGCCACCGCCAGACUUCCGCACAAAUUUCGAGGCCACACAUCCGCCCAUAUUGAUUGAUAAUGGGCUGGCCAUACUGGAAAACGAGAAGAUCGAGCGUCACAUUAUGAAGAACAUACCCGGCGGCUAUAAUCUGUUUGUGCAGGACAAGGAAGUGGCCACACUUAUUGAGAAUCUGUAUGUUAAGUUGAAGCUGAUGCUGGUGAAGAAGGACGAUGCCAAGAACAAUGCGCUCCUCUCGCAUCUCAAGAAGAUCAACGAUCAUUUGGCUAAUCGGAACACACGCUUCCUGACCGGAGACACCAUGUGCUGCUUCGACUGUGAGCUGAUGCCACGGCUUCAACACAUUCGCGUCGCAGGAAAGUAUUUCGUGGACUUUGAAAUACCGACGCACUUGACGGCGCUGUGGCGUUAUAUGUAUCACAUGUACCAAUUGGACGCCUUCACACAAUCGUGCCCGGCCGAUCAGGACAUUAUCAAUCACUAUAAACUGCAACAGAGUCUCAAAAUGAAGAAGCACGAGGAGCUGGAGACACCCACUUUUACGACAUCCAUUCCAAUUGAUAUUUCGGAGUAGAGUUUUGAAGCCACGUGCGCCAUGCUGCCCAUGGAUUUUUGGACAACUUUACAAGAGCAACA